CCUGAAACUAUACAAAUCCUUCGUUAUUUACAAAUUAUCCUUUAAGUUCAAGUUCAUAUGUCUUAAAGAGUGCUACAAACCUGUAAGCUCGACUAUUGCGCUCGAUAGAUGCAUCGAUAAAUCCCUUAGCGAUGCGAACCGUGAUCUCCAGCGAAGGUAUCAGCAGUUGCCGUUAGUGUAGCCAGGAAGGAGAAGGUCGAGGAUGUUCAGCUCGUUGAGACUGGCGACCAUGCGCUCGCACAAAAACCGCGCCAGGCCAGGAAGCGUGGCCACGUCCGCGAGUUCCGAUUCGGCGAGGGCUGACGAGAUCUCCGCGCAGCUCUAUCAUCCGCAUAGCUUCCUGUUGCUGGACGAUCAAGAUGGGCCUGUCUCGGCUCCUUCGAGCGUGUCCUCGAAGGUCGCGCAGGUCAGAGUCGAACGCGAAGGCGGUAGCCUCGGUGUCACUCUCAGAGGAGGAGUCUCGAGGGCAUUGGUCGUUACCGGGGUGAAAUCCGAUGGUCCAGCUGCGAAAGAGGGAAGGGUCAGGCCUGGUGACCGACUACUAGCCGUGGACGAGACCGAACUCAGAGGACUGACUCUGGCAGAGGCUCAGAGAGCACUCAGGAGGAGCUCGGACGCGCCGGUUGCUUCCUUGACCAUCGAAUACGACGUUGCCAACAUGGAGGAAGCCAGAGCAGCCACCUCUGGACCCCUCCUGGUGCAGAUCGAACGAGGACUUUCGGGAGAACUGGGGUUAACGGUCAGAGAGACGCCAAACGGAGUGUACAUCGAGAGUCUUCGACCCGCGAGCACAGCAGAUCGUUGCGGAGCUCUGCAGCCAGGGGACAAGCUACUGGCUGUCGACGAAACACCUGUCCAGGACGCUGUGGCAGCAGCCAAGUUGCUCAGGAAUAACUUUGACAACUCUCGCAUAGCCAGGCUGCAGAUACUGCCCAGGCAACCGAGUGCCUCUCAGAGGACGGCGAAGAGAAGAGCGCAGCCACAGGCGCAACAGAGCUCCAGUCAAACGCUUCAGACGAAGGAGAGCCUGACUGUGGUGUUGAGGCCCGAUCACAAGGGAUUCGGUUUGGCCCUGAAGCCUUCGGAGGAUCGUCUGAGCUACGCUGUGAGCCUACUGGAGGCUGGUGGCCCUGCUGAACGCAGCGGAGUUCUUCUGCCUGGCGACAAAGUGUUGGCGAUCAAUCGUAGAAUCUUGAGAGAAUUGCAGCAAACGGAAGUCAGUAGUAUACUGGAGACCUCGCAAGUGCUCGAACUGGUAACGGAGUACAAGGUCGGUGGACCAGUCGUACCCAGCUCCGGAGUGUUCACUGUGCGAGUGGCGAGACCCGUAGGCGGUCAACCAGACGUGGGUUUGACGGUGAACGAAGAUCUCGUCAUCACAGAAGUCCGUAAGGGAUCGCUAGCUUACAGAACGGGCAGCUUGGCACCUGGAGAUAGACUACUGGCGAUAGACGGACAAAAACUGGAUCCAGGGGACCUGAGACAAGCCGCGCAGUUGUUACACCGACCUGGAGGCUCUGUUGUUGCUUUAACCGUCAGAAAACCAGACCCUGUCUCAGAGACUAGAGAUUAUUGCAGGGACUCCAGUAUAGGAAGCAACACGACUCAGCAGUAUCCUUCUGGAAUUCUGCGACCAGCGAGGGAAAGUCUUCCAAGCGUGGAUAGCGCAGUGGAUUCUUGGGGCGAGUUGGGAGAAAACAGUGGAGCGGGUCCAGAAAUUUUGAGACUUUGGGAUACUGCUUCGGUGGACAGUGGCCAACUGGAUCUACCUAUGCCACCUUUUCCUGGUCCACAGGAACGCAACAAUUCGGAUAGACCUCAGCAGAUCGUCCAUGUGUCGCUGCACAAGGACCCAGUGUACGAGGACUUUGGAUUUUCAGUGUCGGACGGUCUAUAUGAAAGAGGAGUCUACAUAAAUCGUCUGCGACCAGGUGGUCCUUGCGACGGUGUUCUGCGACCUUACGACAGGAUUCUUCGAGUAAACGAAGCCAGCACGGAAGACUGCGACUGUUGUCUGGCUGUUCCACUAAUCGCUGCGGCUGGUCCACGUUUAGAUCUGACCAUAGCUAGACCAGUGUCUCCCACUAACAUCAUUAAAACUCUAUAGGAAAGGUAAUUACAAUAACAGUAAACGAGUCGAAACGACCGGUGAACGUAUCUAGUAUAUUUUUGUACACACCUGUAUUUUAUUUAUAAAAAUAAAUGUAUAGAUUGCUUUUA